AUGGAGGCAAAUGAAACUUUGUACCAACAUAUUGGACUUCGGUCCCCGAACUUAACAAAUACGACCGUGAAUCUACAAGAAAAUUUCGAAAUUGACUUAGAAGACACCAACUGGAUUUUGACUUCUUCGUUCAUAAUCUUCACUAUGCAGACAGGUUUCGGCAUGCUGGAGUCAGGAUGCGUGUCGAUAAAGAACGAAGCCAACAUAAUGAUGAAGAAUUUGGCAGACAUCUCUUUAGGAGGCUUAACGUACUGGAUUUUCGGUUACGGCAUGUCAUUCGGCGAGGGUCCGAUGUCUAAUCCCUUCAUUGGUGUGGGUGACUUCUUGGUGGACCCUCCAGUGGGAGAUGCCCUCAUGGGUCCCGUCUUCGCCUCCUUCCUGUUCCAGCUGUCUUUUGCCACUACUGCCACUACUAUAGUCAGCGGUGCUAUGGCGGAAAGAUGCAACUUCAAAGCGUACUGCAUGUUCUCGUUCCUGAAUACAAUCGUGUACUGCGUGCCGGCGGGCUGGGUGUGGGGGUCCCAUGGGUUCCUCAACAAGCUGGGCGCUGUGGACAUCGCCGGCUCCGGGCCUGUCCAUCUAAUUGGUGGAUCGUCGGCGUUUGCAUCAGCCCUCAUGCUGGGACCUAGAUUGGGUCGAUAUGCAAACGGGAACGCUCCCUUACCACUGGGGAACCCAGUCAAUGCUGUCAUGGGAACGUUUGUACUAUGGUGGGGAUGGCUGGCGUUUAACUCCGGGAGUACUUAUGGAGUAAGCGGCGCCAAGUGGCAGUAUGCAGCUCGCGCAGCAGUCAUGACCAUGAUGGGAUCAUUCGGUGGCGGGUGCUUCGGACUUCUAUUUACACUGAUAAGGAACAAGGGUAAAGCAGAAGUAAUGGAUCUCAUUAACAGCAUCUUAGGAGCACUGGUCUCUAUAACUGCUGGAUGUUUUCUAUACCGCUCCUGGGAGGCGCUUCUUAUUGGCAUGAUAGGUGCCGCUAUAGCCUCUAUCUCUGCACCACUGUUUGAUAAAAUGGGAGUGGACGACCCAGUCGGAGCCUCUGCUGUACACGGCGCUUGUGGCAUCUGGGGUGUCAUAGCGGUUGGUCUCUUCGCUGACAACCCAAUUCCCUUAGAAACAACCAACGGCAGAUCUGGCCUCUUUAAAGGCGGUGGUUGGUACCUCCUGGGAGUACAAACCCUGACGGCCGUAUGCCUGAUGACGUGGGCGGUCGUGGUGACGAUGGCACUUCUAUGGAUCAUCGACAAAGUAAUGCCGAUCAGAAUGGACCCAUAUGAGGAACUGCUUGGAGCUGAUUUAACCGAGCACAGAAUACGACACGGACAGGUUGGAGUGUCGAGAGCUGUAUCAGCGUUACGGCCGUACCAUCGCUCCAACAGCGUUGAAGAAGUAGGCGGCAUUGGAGUCAACACCGGCCAUAGCUUGGUUGUUGAUAAACUCAAAGAGAUGCAAACAAAUCAAAAGAAUGGAGUGGCCCUUCGCAUGUUUACCAACAAUGCUUUCGUAAACGAUCAAAACCAUGAAGGCACAUAUAAAAAUGGAUUUUUGAACAAACGUCCUGGCAACCCUGAGAACGAAUUGCAUAGAGCUCUCGACUCUAUGGCGCACGAAUUGAAUGGCGCGAAAUUUAAACAUGGCGGACCGUCAACAUCUGGGAUUGCGCCAAACAUAGAAAGUAUUAAAGGAAAAAAGUUAAGGGAAUUAUCAGCGAUGGAAUUGAAGGAUGCUGAAGAAUUAAAUGCUAGUCAAGACAGGUUUAGACAUAGAUUUGGGGAAAAUGAUUAUAAGAGAGAUGUUAUUUCCGCUAAUACCCAUCUUAGAUGGGUUGAUUAG